AUGACUGCACCACUAAAGAACAGACGCCGCUCCUCCCUCUCCGCCGCCUUUGACCAUUUUCGUAACAAAUGCCGCAAGACACGCAUCGAUAGUCUUCUCUCGCCUCCGAAACUGGACUCUGGUACCUCGAACGAGGAUCUGGAUCUUUCUCCUUCUGACGAGGAAGGGGUGCCUUUGACUUCUGGGUCUUCUGGUCAAAGUCCUGGACAUACUGAGGACAAAGAUGAAGAUGAAGAGGAGGAGAGAAACAAAUAUGACGGUAGGAAGGGAAAAGAAGCAGACGAGCAAAGUCGCUGUGACAGCAAAUUACCUAACUUCAUCUUUGACUCUGAUGGCUUUGAUGGAUUUGGAUCACUCGACUUUAGCUCGCCUUCCACAAGUUCAGACGAAGACAAAAGACUUCUCUCCGCCCUUGCUGACUUCAGUGCUGAAGUCACCGAAGCAGAGGAUUUUGGACGGUACUUUUCUCUUUCGCACCAUAGUACCAAAGGCAAAGAAAGGGAAGAACAGCAAGCGGUCAGUCCCAUUGAAAGCGUGAGCACUGGAGUUGUAGAUCGCAGUGUUUCAGCGACUUCGUUCACACACCUACUGCAUUCGGAUCAUUCGGGCUCGACUCUGGACUUUGAAGUUGGCGUGCCUUUGCAGAGAGUUGUUGCAAAGGGAAAUACAGAGAAAGAGUGGACGACACAGGUGCAGACGGAGCCGCAGACCCAAGAGCAGAGUUUGGCGCAGAGUACUUAUGCGUCUCUGGACCAGGUUGUGGAGAAGACUGUUUUGAUAAACGAAGAAGACCAGGCAGAGGAAAGCCAGAGAGAAAGAGAAAGAGCAGUACCAGUCAUGAGAACAGUCGACGGUGUACGUCUGGAUGCCAGACCUUUGAUCAGGCAUUCAGGGGUGUCCGCACCAGCACACAGUUCUUUACAACUGCACGAGACUGCAACGUCCACUUUGCAUACCACGACAGAGACUGGAGAAGCUUCAACCCAUCGCCCACACCUCGCAUCCCGCUUCUCAUCUUGCAGCAACUCAAGCGCAGAAAGCAUGCAACUGGACCUACCUCCCUACCGUCGCCGCUACAACAUACCACCACGCCAACUCUCCACCACAGCACUGAGAACCAAACGCCAUCAAACUACUUGGGACACCACUAGACCCAAGCUGCCUUCUUAUCCUCCUCAUGUCUCUUCGAUCACAAGCGCACCUCGAGACACUCGAUCUGACCUUCGGCGAAUCUCAAACUCACCUCCACCGACCUUGCCUGUUCCUCCUGGACCUCCGGCGAGGAAACCAUAUACCGCCCUCUCCACCGCCUCUGCCGUUUCGUCUUUCCACUACACACUGAACGAAAAACUCAACACGGCUAUUUCCACCGGUGCAGUCAAAGCAAGUCAAAUCGGCGUCAAGGAGAGGGUUCGCAGACUCUCUGGAGCAAAGAACUUGCAGCAUGGAUGGGAGGUUAGCGCUAGAAGAAUGAGUGGAUGGGGAAGAGGGAUCGGAGAGGCGGUGAUUGCGUCUGGAGGUGUGGGUGUUGGAUGGGGAGAGGGAAGGCAUAGAGAUGACGGGGAGGUGGGAAGGAGAAGUGCGGGUGUCUAUUAUGGUGGUGGGUUUAUUUAG